CGGCAGCGAGGGGCUGAGCGAGGCGAGGCGGUGCCGGCAGCAUGGCGGCGGCGGCGGCGGCGGCGGCGGCGGCGGGAGGAGCGGCGGGGCCGGGGGCCGCUCCGCAGGGGCUGCGCGGGUGGCUGAGGAGCGCGUACCGGUUCGCUACCGAUCGGAACGAUUUCCGCAGGAAUCUGCUGGUGAAUUUGGGGCUGUUCGCCGCUGGCGUCUGGGUCGCUCGGAACCUGACGGACAUCGACCUGAUGGCCCCGCAGCCCGGCCCGUAGCGGCGGAACGAAAUAGAGUGGCAAGGGAGAAGAGCUCAAACCCCCCCGCCCUUUCUGCACCCGAGGACCAGAAGAGACGUGUUUAGCCGUUACAAGAUACGAUACGUUCACCAGAGCAGGGUCUGCUCUCUGCAGAGCUGCUACUCACACUUCAAAGCUGUCACGCUUGGAGCAGUGACGAGAGGGAGGGAAAAGCUUUUAAGUGUGAGAGGGACAAUUUAUUUCCGAUUCAUUCUGCAAGGCACAAUGAGAAUAGUUUUGUCAAGGAUGUGAAGCUGUUGUGCCUGGAAUCUUCUGUACCCACAUCUAGAUGUUUAUUAAAGUAUAUAGAAUAAUGACGUAA